CUGGACACUUAUUCUCAAAAGCAAAAUCACUUGCAGUAUGGUUACUGGUGGGGGGGAAAUAACACUAGCUAAAGGAAGACGCCCUGCUUUUUUUAUUUUGCUUGCCUAUUGUAGGAAACUUGCUUCACAGAACCCUAAACCUUGUUUUAUUUGCAAACUGGAAGCCUCAUCUGGUGGAACCAAAAGCCUUGUAGAGUUGAACAAAUCAUGGCAAAGCAAAAUGCACACAGACGACCCCGAACAAAACCGCCACGGAUUUUCCCUAAAAGAAGCCAUAACAGCUGGCACAAUCGCGAACCCUUUCUGGUAUGAAAUGGCAGUUCUAUCAAAAAGAUCAAUGAAAAACUUGCGUAGACAGCCAGAACUGUUUGGAAUUCGAUUAGGUGCAAGAAUGGCAGCAGGAUUCAUCUUAGCCACAUUGUAUUGGAGACUCGAUAAUUCAAUGAAAGGUGUGCAAGAAAAACUCGGAUUCUUCGCUUUUGCCAUUACCACAACCUUCUACUCUUGCGUAGACGCUAUCCCCAUCUUUCUCCAAGAGAGGCAUAUCUUCAUGAGAGAAACAGCUCACAACGGGUACCGUAGAUCCUCCUCAUACGUACUGGCCCACUCACUGGUCGCACUACCGUCAUUGAUUUUCCUCUCAUUGGGCUUUGCGGCCAUAACUUUCUGGGCCGUGGGCCUACACUGUGGACUGUCAGGUUUCUUGUUUUUCUUCCUGAUCAUAUUCGCCUCAUAUUGGGCCGGGAGCUCGUUUGUUACAUUCUUAUCAUGCGUGGUCCCGCACGUGAUGGUUGGAUACACUCUUGGUCUUGAGGUAAUAAUCUUGGCUUGUUUUUUUUUCCUCUCCAAUGAUUCUUUAUCAGUAGAGAAAAAAUCCCUCCAUUCUGGAUAUGGUUUCACUGAAUGUCCACUUUUAAGUACCCGUGCGAAGGAAUAUUACAAAAAGAAUUCGACGAACCCGUCCCCGUCGUCAGGUGUUUCGUCAGGGGUGUUGAGAUGUUCGAUAACACGCCCCUCGGAGCGGUGCCAGGUUCGAUGAAAGUGAAACUGUUGGAGACAUUGAGUAAGACACUGGGGAUGAGGAUUACGAGCUCGACUUGCUGGACAACAGGUCAGGACAUAUUGGCCCAACAAGGGGGUUACUCAGUUGAGCAAGUGGAAUUGCUUGAUAAUGACUAUGGCUUGGGGGUUAUUUGUUUAGGAUCCUGUGUUUACUUGUCUCUCUUGAUAGGCAGCAAGAACAAGAGAAGAUGAACAAAACAACAAAAGUAAAUAAAGAAGGGUAAAGGACCAGAGAUGAUGGAGCCGGGAGGCGGUGUUUUUUCCAUUAAGGUUGUGUUUGUUGGCUUUCCAUUUAUUUAUUUUUUGAAUUUGUUUAUUAUGUAAAAAGUGUGAUAUAAUGGAAUGAUAAUUGUCAUCCAGUUCAUAUAAAAUUAUUUCUCUUAAUAAAUUUUGAUGAGCACUAUAACUCUAAAUUC